AUGGCGGAUAAGGAUGUGGAUCAGUACAUCAGGCAGAAUAUUGUUUGGUCGAAAUUGCCCCAAGAAAUUCGAAUUGUUUUGGGGAACUCGCAAAGAGAAUAUGAUAAACUCGUACUCGAAUAUUCAAUCAAAAAUCAGUUAAGGUAUAAGGGUAACAUAGUGAAAUAUGUGAAGAAGAAUGAAGAAACUUAUUAUGAUAUUCUUCUCAAAUACAGCGAAACUCAUCUUAUGCUUUAUCCGUAUCAUCUCUCAAAUAUCAUAGUACGCGAGCUUCGAAUGACGCCAUUUAGUUAUUAUAUCAACAUCAUGGCGAAUCUUAUGAAUGCCGAAAAAAGUUAUGAUUCGUUGCCAAAUUUUACGGCUGCCGAUGCAAUGAGACUGUUGGGAAUCGGCAGGAAUCAAUACAUUGAGUUAAUGAAUCAGAAUCGUUGUAAUCGAAAAAUAUUCCGAAAAAGUAAAUCACUGCGUGAAUUAUUGCCAGCAAAACCUGUUGCGAUCAACAUUGAACCUUGGUGGUUGAUUGCACCAGGCAGUAUCCUUGAAAGUGAUGUCAAGUUACUGGAUAGGGAUGAGAAAGAUUUGUUAGAUAUGCUUAUCGAUGAAGGUGCUCAGUUAGUUGGUACUCUUGAUGCAAAAUUGGUGCAAAAACUUUAUAAUCGUGGUCUGGCUUAUCUGGAGGUGCCAGUUAACGAUGACGAUUACAUUUAUGUACCAACUUUGGAUGGUUUUGUUAUGAAUCGAGUUCUGGGUGAUUAUUUUGAAAAUUUGCUAUAUCAAAUAUUUGUUACUAUCGACGAGCAAACAACUGUACGAGAGCUUUCGGAAACUCUGAAUAUCGAUUUACAACUGGUAAAAAAUGCCAUUUCGGUCUUUUGCCGGCUUGGUUUCGCGAAGAAGCGUAUCACUGGGCUAGAAAAUCUUGCGUUGCACGUAACAUGGGCAAGUCAUAUGAUCAUUCCAGAGAUGGACGAAGAUUCAACUGCAGCAAUCACAUCUGAUCUCUCAGACUUUUCCACAUCAUUAGUUUCUCCAGGCGGUGCCGAUGAAGAUGACGAAAAUGAAUCCAGUAUAGAUGGAUUAUUGAUGAACCAUGAUGUGCUUACAGCAUCAUUUACGUCGUUAUCGUUACCAACUCCUACUCCUAGUGGUGGAAGCGAGGCUACGAAACGAAUUGCAUUUCUCUUUGACUCAUCGUUGACUGCUUUUCUCAUGAUGGGAAACUUAUCAGUCAGUCUAAAAAAUCAUGCGGUAACAUUAUUUGAAGUGGGAAAAUUGAGUGAUGAGUCAUUGGAUAGUUUCGUGGAAGAGUUGCAAAAUGUGAAGCUGUUUAUGGAAGGUGAAGCACAAAGAUAUUCAGAACAUGCUCAAACGUUGUUAUUAACGAUUCUUGCACUGCGAAAUAAUUCUGAAUUGGAUUUAAUUAGGGGUGAAAGUUUAUUAUCGCUAGAUCACUCUACACGUCUGCGCCUUAUCAACAAAACAUACAGAUGUUUGGUUUCAAUGGCUCCGUUAAGUGGGGAAGCAUGUCCAUUAUCUGUGCCGUCUAUUCCUCACUUUGGAACUGUCAUUCCAGAAGUGGUUUCAUCAUGGUUUCGGUUGUUUCUGUAUUAUACCUUGGGUGAUGGACCAGUUUCAUUGUAUAUCCCCAAGGGCUCACGUGUGCCAGUCAUUCCUUGUGCUCUACGACGAUGCAAGCAUUUACUGAUCACGACUGCUUCGCACGAACCUAUUAUCGUUCCAGCUGAUAACUGUUUAAUUCAGUUGAAUGACAUACUUCAAAUGCAUGCAGUAUUUGUGCAAGAAUAUAGUGCUGUGACUGAUGACUCAGAGAUUGUAAGUGUCCCAUUCCCAUUUAGUGAGUCCUGCUUAACAGAUGGUCACUUUUCAUUGCAUCCUUCGGUGCUGAAACUUCGAGAAAAGUUGGGACUAAAUUCACUUUGUGGUUAUUUGACGUUGUUAUGCAAAAAGAAGACUGCUGAAUGGGAAGAGCAGUCUGAUAAAAAUAGAAAAAGUAAUAGCACGACAGUCAGCAAAGAUCCAAGGAAAGUUACGAGCAUGCGAGUUCAUUUGCGACAUGACGAAACAUAUGCGGAUUACACAUUGCUUGACUGUGUUUUUGGCGUACCGUUAUUCGAUGAACAUCUGAACAGGAUCAUAUGUCAAAGAAUUAAAGGCUGCGAACUUCUUGAUCCAAAAAAUUCAAACGCGGUGGAAUUCGCUAAUCACGAUCUAGUACAAUCAUUGCGAGAACUGAUUAGUAAAUAUCAAACUUGGGAAGAAGAGCCAAAAUCUGUUUGGGAAAUGUCGCUUUGGUCUCCGCCGACUCAAACACUUCUUUUUCAAAAUGGAGAGAUAAGCAUAGUAGAUGAUUUGCGAGUUUGGUAA